AUGGCUCCUCCAAAAGAAACGCCUUCAAAGGUUGCUGCUUCAGCUUUAUCUGAUUUGGAAUUGAAAGAUUCAAAGGCAAAUUUAGGUAAGACCCUAGAUGCUUUAAAAGAAAACAAAUUCGAUGAAGAAGCUUUGCAAUUAAGAUUAUCGAAAGCUGCCGAAGAACAUAAGCAAUUCAUGGCUAAACAUAGAGUCCAGAGACAUAAAUUGAAGGAACUGGAAAAAUCAGAACCUUUACUGGUGGAGGAUGACUCUAGAAAGGUUCUUUACCCAAUUAAGUAUCCAGACGUCUACGAAGCCUACAAGAGAGCUGAAGCCUCCUUUUGGACUGCUGAAGAAAUCGAUUUGGGUAAGGAUUUGCACGAUUGGAAUAACAGAAUGAAUGAGAAUGAAAAGUUCUUCAUUUCGAGAGUCUUGGCUUUCUUUGCUGCUUCUGACGGUAUUGUCAACGAAAAUUUAACCGAGAAUUUCUCCGUUGAGGCUAAGAUUCCAGAAGCUAAAUUGUUCUACGGUUUCCAAAUCAUGAUUGAAAACAUUCACUCGGAAACUUACUCACUAUUGAUCGAUACUUAUGUCAAGGAUCCAAAAGAAUCUCAAUUCUUAUUCAACGCAAUCGAAACCAUCCCGCAAAUUAAAGAAAAAGCCGAAUGGGCACUAAGAUGGAUCAACGACUCAGAAGCUUUGUUUGCUGAAAGACUGGUAGCUUUUGCUGCUAUUGAAGGUGUCUUCUUCUCAGGUUCCUUCGCCUCUAUCUUUUGGUUAAAGAAGAGAGGUUUAAUGCCAGGUUUGACUUUCUCCAAUGAAUUGAUCUGCAGAGAUGAAGGUUUGCACACGGACUUUGCCUGCAUAUUAUUCAGUCAUAUUAAAAAUAAACCAUCUCCAGAGAUUGUCGAAAAAAUCGUCACCGAAGCUGUUGAAAUUGAAAAAAGAUAUUUCUUGGAUGCUUUACCAGUUUCUUUACUAGGUAUGAAUGCUGAUUUAAUGAACCAAUACGUCGAAUUCGUCGCUGAUAGACUAUUGGUUGCAUUCGGUAACAAAAAAUACUUUAAGGUUGAAAAUCCAUUCGAUUUCAUGGAAAACAUUUCCUUAGCAGGUAAGACCAAUUUCUUCGAAAAGAGAGUUUCAGAUUAUCAAUUUGCUGGUGUUAUUUCCAAAUCAUCAAACACAGAAUCAGAAAACCCAUUCUCUUUAGAAGAAGAUUUCUAA